ACGGUUCAAAUUGGUUAAUAUGUUGACGCAAAAUCUUAUCGUAGUCCCCCAAAAUCUAUGUUCCCGCCAAUUACAUCCCGGCAACACUAUUCCGUCUUCCGUUAUUAACUUAUUAUUCCGCAUUCCCGUUAAUUCUUCUUGUUCUUCAAAUUUAACAUUUCCUCUCUCACUAACCCCUCGCCGUGAAAUGUCAAAGCCACCCUCCGCCUUCGACGCACUCAUGUCCGGCGCACGCGCCGCCGCCGCCAAGAAGAAACCACCACCUUCUUCCUCAUCUCCCAAGAAACGAAAAUCCCCUCCCCCUCCUCCUUCUCCUUCUCCAUCUCCACUCUCCCCUCCCGCUCAAAACCCUAACAACAAUCUCAAAACCCUAGAAACCGUUAAAACUGUUGAACCACCGAACAAGAUCCGCAACACUUCAUCUUCUUCCAAGGGGAUAAUUUCCGAAUUGAAGGAGCUAAUUCCGCAACUGAAGAAGAAACCACCGAGUUUCGAUCCAAGUUCUGUUGUUUGCUGGGAGAAGGAAAAACCUGUACCAUUUUUAUUCCUUUGUUUAGCCUUUGACAUGAUUAACGAAGAAAGUGGAAGGAUUGUGAAAACUGACAUUGUGUGUAAUCUGUUGAGGACGGUGAUAUACACUACACCGGAGGAUCUUGUGCCGGUUGUUUAUCUUUCUGCUAAUAGAAUUGCUCCGGCUCACGAAGGGUUAGAAUUGGGAAUUGGCGAUGCUUCUAUUAUUAAGGCGCUCGCCGAGGCGUGUGGAAGGACUGAGCAGCAGAUUAGGAUUCAGUACAAGGAAAAAGGUGACUUAGGUUUAGUUGCGAAAGCUAGCCGUUCUUCACAGUCUAUGAUGCGGAAGCCUGAACCUUUGACUAUUAGGAAGGUUUUCAAGACAUUUCAUCUUAUUGCUAAGGAAUCUGGAAAAGACAGUCAAGAGAAGAAAAAGAAUCACAUAAAGUCACUUCUUGUUGCUGCAACUGACUGUGAACCUCUAUAUAUAAUCCGUUUGCUACAGACAAAAUUGCGAAUUGGAUAUGCCGAACAAACUCUCUUAGCUGCAUUAGGCCAAGCUGCAGUGUACACUGAAGAACAUUCUAAACCGCCUCCUGAAAUUAAGUCUCCAUUUGAAGAGGCUGCACAGAUUGUUAAAAAAGUCUAUUCUGUUCUUCCUGAUUAUGACAAAAUUGUGGCUGCACUGCUUACGGAUGGUGUAUGGGAACUUCCAAAGAAGUGUGAUUUUACUCCUGGUGUUCCGGUUGGGCCUAUGCUGUCAAAAGCAACCAAGGGUGUAUCUGAAAUUCUAAAUAAGUUUCAGGAUGUAGAGUUUACGUGCGAGUACAAAUACGAUGGAGAGCGUGCUCAGAUACAUUACCUGGAGAAUGGCUCAGUAGAAAUUUACAGUAGAAAUGCUGAAAGGAACACUGGGAAGUUUCCUGAUGUUGUUGCUGCAGUUUCAAGGUUAAAGAAAACAACAGUAUCAUCUUUUAUCCUUGAUUGUGAACUCGUUGCAUAUGAUCGUGCAAAACAGAGAAUCCUUCCAUUCCAGGUGCUUAGUACUCGAGCCCGCAAAAAUGUAGCAAUAAGUGACAUUAAGGUUGAGGUUUGCGUAUUUGCUUUUGACUUGUUGUACCUUAAUGGCCAAGCACUUCUUCAGGAAAACCUUAGAAUCCGUAGAGAGCAUCUCUACGCCUCUUUUGAGGAAGAGUCUGGAUUCUUUCAGUUUGCAACAUCAACUACAUCAAAUGAUGUUGAGGAGAUACAAAAAUUUCUUGACCAAGCUAUUGAUGCAAGCUGUGAGGGAUUGAUUAUUAAAACAUUACAUGAAGACGCCACAUAUGAACCCUCCAAGCGGUCGCUCAACUGGCUGAAACUGAAGAAAGAUUAUAUGGAAAAUAUAGGGGACUCCCUGGAUUUGGUACCUAUUGGUGCUUUCCACGGACGCGGUAAACGUACAGGAGUGUAUGGUGCUUUUCUCCUUGCUUGCUAUGACAACGAUAAUGAAGAGUUUCAAAGUAUUGCCAAGAUAGGAACUGGAUUCAAAGAGGAAGUCCUUGAAGAACGUUCUACUAGUCUUCGCUCUAAAGUGAUUCCCAAACCAAAGUCAUAUUAUCAAUAUGGAGAAUCAACCAAUCCUGAUGUAUGGUUUGAAGCUAGUGAGGUGUGGGAGGUGAAAGCUGCAGAUCUGACCAUUAGCCCUGUUUACCGAGCUGCAGUGGGCAAAGUAGAUUCCAAUAAGGGCAUAUCUCUUCGAUUUCCGCGUCUAGUUCGAGUUCGGCCUGACAAAGCUCCUGAACAGGCCUCUUCGUCUGAGCAGGUUGCUGAAAUGUAUACUGCCCAAAAACACAAUCACAACGACAAACAAGAUGACGAAGAAGAUGAUUAAGGGAAAAACUUUCCUUGCUUCUCAUGCUGUUAAAGUAUGAAUUCUCAUCAUUUAUGGUGAUAUUCCAACCCACGUGAGUAAAGGUUUAGAUGCAAAUUCUUUACCUUCAAGCAUAUAGGUCAGAAAAACAUAACUGCUUAUUCAACAUGAUUAAGAAUUUGGCAUACAGCAUAGUGUAAGCUCACAGAGGCUCCAAACAGUAGAUAUUUGGAAUUUCGAUAUUUUUUCAGAGGGACCAAUGUGCCUACUACUGCUUGUGUAGGUAUUAUAGAGUGUUUGAAUGCACACUAUUAUUUUCCAACGUCCGGGUAAUGUUUCAAUGCCAGAUUUACUGAAGUUACAAAUCCUAGUGUUAGGGAACGAUGUGGUGGUACCAUGUUUCCUCACUUUUGCUAACACUCUUAGUGUUGUUCUUUUAUCAUGAAUACUAUACUUAACGUUGCUAGCCAUGAUGAUAACAACUUACAUUUAGGGCAUGCUCAUGGCAUCUCAAUAUUGUAAUUCAUUUCUUCAAAUGAUUUACCAUGGCAUGAAAAUAGUAUUAAAUCCCAUUGUAGGUACUCUCUUUGUUAAAAUGAUGACACCUUUGUUAUUUUUUCUUAUAUUAAUAAUGUCUUUAUCCAUGAGAAAA